AUGAUACAAGAAUUAUUAGGACAGGGUGAUUAUUUUUCAGCAUUAGAUUUAAUUGACGAAGCAAAUAGCUUAUUACAUGGUGGUAAUGUUUGCAGCAAUUCUGGUUAUAAUGGGAACGAGAAAAAUAUCAAUUUACAAUUUAAUAAUAAUAAUGGGUUAAAGACUCAGCUUACUUCUGGUGUUAAUAAUAGACCAAUAACUAUUUCAAGACUGAGUAAUGUGGCAAAUGAUAUUAAAAAAUCGAGUGCAAUUGAUUUAAGAGGAGUCAAAGCUUUAAUGUAUUUUAAUGGUAAACUUACUAAAGUGUAUAAAACUAUCAGAGUAAUGAUUUAA